CCCAACGUGAGGGUGUUGCAGUCAACUCCGAGUCCCACCAAGCUCACACAGCUAUAAAUCCCCGCCACCUAGCAGUCUAUCCUCGGCCAGCCACUAAACAAAUUCUAAGCUCAUAGCAUUUGAUACCUCUUAGGACCAUCCUUUUAUUGAAUCAAAUCCAGUUCGCCUUUCUACUUUACGCCGUAUAUACAUAAUCUGCCACCAUGCAUGCUUGCCAAAUCGUUACGGUUUUGGGCCUUUGCCUAUCACAAAUACGUGCCAUUGCGGUUCCACCAGUCGAUGAGGCGAUUAAGUCCUUUGUUACAUUAGUUACGCAGCCUGAUGCCGCCCUCGAAAACUCCCCUGGGUUCUCGAGAAUUGCGGAUAGCCUUCACCAACAGCAUGAUUUGAAUCAUGCCAAGUUUCACAACGAUCUUAUCGAUACCGUCAGCCCAAUCCUCCAGGCCAACGACAAGCACACACCUUAUAUCCUCGACAGUUUCUUUGGAUACCGAAAGACUCUUGCCACCAAAGAGUUAGAUAAUCACCCCAAAGUGAAGGCCAGGCGAUUGCAAAUAUACCAGGACGCCUUGUACUCCGAGUUGCACCGUCUAGCCAAUCAGAACACCGAAAAAUUUAAUGCAGACACCCUGCAGGACACCCACAACCGACUACUCAACUUACUGAACGCAAACGCUGGGGGUCAUCAUUCUGCUCAAACCAGUCCUCAAAAAAUCCUCGAAGAGAUCCAAGGCGAUUUGGCCAAGUCGGUUACGUCGACACCGCCCAUGGAGUUCCACAAGCUCACUCGGAAACAAAUCAACCAGCAGUUGGAAGAAACCAAUAUCGCAGGCGUUCCGGAUGCACUGCCCAUCAACGGCGAGCUCGCCAAGAAGAUGCUCAGUUCCGAAUUACGAAACGUAGCUCGCAUGCAGCAGAACCACCCUGCCAGUCCCGCUGUGACUGCUGCUUAAGCCAAACAUGGGUCGACUCUUUCUUCAUUCAAGUCCCGGAAUUUAAAAGAAUCCAUGUCAUAUUCUCACAAAAAGUUGUACAUAGCUUUAAUCAAAUAACUUGUUCCAUAUCUGCACACAGGAGAAAACACAAGCUCUUAUAUCUCACAUUAUACACAGCCUGCUUGCCAUUGCCAUUCAUAUUAUCUAAGAUUGCGUAUAUUCUUCUCUUUCUAAAAAAUUUAAAAUCAAACAUGGGUUCCAAAAUCUGUGGGACAAAAGAAAAAAAAUAGCUGAGCUUGUC